UUGCCGACCGACUCGCGCGAGCACGCUCGUCUGCUGGCUCUAACUCACAAGUCUCUGGACCUCCUGGAGGAUCCAUCCGUCUCUCGACCAGCUGCUAGAGUGCCCUGGGGCAUCCCCGUUCCAGACCGACCCGAUCAAACG